ACACUAUUCUCUGGAAGAAUAGAGAUCUAGUAAAAGAACUAGAAGAAGAAUAUAGACAAAUAGAACAAUGUGAAAAUGAAUCAUUACGAGAACAAUAUCAAGCAAAAUAUAGAGAACUACUAGGAGUAUCUCUAGAAAACCUAGAUAAAAUGCAUGAUAUAGAAGAUGAAGAAGAACGAAUGUUUCAAGAACAACAACAAGCCAGAAGACAAGGCUUAGAAUUACCAGAAACAUUACCACUGAAACAUCCAUAUCACAAAGAAUAUAAACCAACAGUAAAUAAACCACGAGAAACAGAACAAAUAGCAGACCAAUAG